CCCUUGGCCAGUUCUGAUGAAUGAUGCUUGAGACCUUUUGAUGGAAACACUCUUACUAGUGUGACCAAGUCCUGUGACCAUCACAUAUUUUGAACUACCUCUUCCCUCUCUCUUUGCUCUACUCCCUCUAGUCAAAACCCUUCGUGAUGAUGUCAAACUCCAUCUUGGUCUGAUCAACUGAGUGUGUAGUCACCUAGUUGCAACUUGCUGAACAUGUUUUCCUUUACUCCAGCUAGUGUCAAAAGUGAGAUAAAGCAUUGGUGCUUGACCAUGGAACCCAUGGCAAAUGGCCCCUGGUUAUUUGGUGAGACUGAGCAGAAUGGGGAGAGCAUCACUGAUGAGAUGCAAAUCUGUCAGGUGACCUCUCCCACAGUUCCUGAGUCUCCAGACUGUGUAUGGAAUGAGAGCUAUCAACCAGAGAAACCCAAAGAGCGGGUAAGGCUGGACAUACUGCACAUGAAGGAAUAUACACCAGCACCAGUGAGACAGCUGGACUGGUCCAUGUUUGAGGAAGAUGACUCUUACCUUGCACAGCCACAAGUUGAUAGCAGCUCAAUGAUGGGUGAACCACAUGUUGUGUCAUCCAAAAAAGGGAAGGGCCAUGCAAUCAAAGAUGGUGGAGCUGUCAAAGCAUAUGAGAAUGACUUACCCUUCAUCCUCCCACAUGACAGUGGUGAUGAUGACCCAAUGACAAUCAUUUGA